GCUGCACAAGCUUGUCGCAAGUGAGACCUGAAGCAUACAGUGGUGCAGUGACCACCAAAAACGGAUCUUGACCAUGACAACGAAUAGAAUAGUCAUCGGUCUGGCAGUUCUUGUCUGCCACGGAGGUGUGCAGUUGUCGCACGCAGAUCGUGUGAGCUCGUACGCCCCACCACCAGCGAGGGAUUACUACAAUAAUUAUUAUGAUGCCUACGGAAAUGCCGCUCCCAACCAGCGAUUCUUUCUAGGUCCAGUAAAAGGACUCUUGGAUAAAUUCGACAUCUUUGGCUUAGGGAAAGGUAAUUCUUUGAUUCCUCCUUUUGGAUGUCCUCCUUAUGGAGGAGGUGGAUACUACCAACCACCAGCUUCAUCAAAGGGAUAUCCUCCUUACCCUCCUCCUUCCGGUCCUUAUCCAUCACGGCCUGACAACUAUGGACCUCCGGCAAAACCUCCCGGUUAUGCGCCACCAGGUCCUCCAGCUUAUGAUGAUCACUAUAACCAUCACAGACCAAGUGACGAUCCAAAAACUCACUACCGACCAAGUCAUUCAACUUCUCGACCUGUUCAAGACGACAAGCAGAUGCUCAACACCCGACCUCAUCCACUCUACGGUUGAUGGCUGAGUUAAACCAUAGUGCUGAUGGCUGAGCUAAGCCAUAGUGCUGAUGGCUGAGCUAAGCCAUAGUGCUAAUGGCUGAGCUAAGCAAUAGUGCUGAUGGCUGAGCUAAGCCAUAGUGCUGAUGGCUGAGCUAAGCCAUAGUGCUGAUGGCUGAGCUAAAGCCACAGCAAAUGAAUGUGCUAAAGCCAUCGUACUAUGGCUGAGAUAGAGGCAGCUUACUACAUCUGAAUGUUGUCAUUUCUCUUUUGGCAGAGAUGGAUUAUUUAUUUUAUGAUCUCGGAAUAAUUGUAAAGAAUAUCAAAUUGAAACGUAGUAAUUAUAGUGCAAAGUAACGGUACGCUUUGAUAACUGUACAAAAAAUGUUUACCUUUUUAUUAGCUCGAAUUUAGCAUGAGUUAAGUGCUUUUAUAGGAAAUAUUCUAAUAUUUCUAAUGUGUUUCGAAUAAAUUGAGAAAAGGCUACCUACCGUUACACUUACUUAACAGCGAAGAAACAUUUUGAAUACUAAUGCUUAUUUUCUGUCACUAUUAACAUUAUCAGCCAGCUUCUGAAGAAAAUUUCCAGUUUACAAGUAGAAAUAGAUGAUCAUUAUUUCUUGACUGAAGUUCCGUCAUACAAUAUAAAAGUUGUUGGCGUCGUGAUAUUGUGAGUCCAAAGAUUAACUUCCUCAAGGGUAAUUAUAAAGACUCUAUUUAUUAUUUAUUUCAUAAAUAUUGGUAAGAAAUAGGCUUAUAAAGUAAGAAAUUGCUUUGGCUUUCUACGUUUCAAAUUAUUUAUAGUUCACAAAUGCCUUAUACUAACAUAGUUGAAAAUACCAAUGCAAUUCAACAUGUAAUUCGGCCGUAACUUUUAUCAGUAAAAUUCUAAAUGAGGUCGCAGAAUUUAUUACGCGAUCUGAAGUCAACAUUGACACUUCAGCAAAAUUAAAUAAGGUAUUUCGGUUAAAAUUUCUAAUUAUGGAACUCAAUAUUUAUAAUUCAUUUGUAAAUUUACUUGUUAAGUACCUGAUGUUUCGUAUAUCUAACAUUAUUUAGUCAAUUGCCUAAUGCAAAAUAAAUACUUAUUUUAUC